AUGGAUUCGUACAAGAAUAUUACCGAAGUUGAAAUGAAUAAGCUCGUUCUCCCUUCGCAUACAAACGAGCGACAAGAACACUGCCUCAGUGGUGGACAACUUCUGAAGUGGAUGGACGCAGCAGCUUGUCUGUCGGCUGAGAAACACGCUCGAACUUCUUGUGUGACGGCCUCCAUCGACGAACUCUACUUUGAACAACAAAUCUACGUUGGCCAAGUGGUUAACAUCACUGCGAGAGUAAAUCGCGCUUUCCAUACAAGUAUGGAAGUUGGAGUGUCGAUAAGAGUGGAAGACCUGCUUAGUGGCGAGAUACAACAUGUUUGUAACGCUUUCUUUACUUUCGUAGCCCUGGAUAAGAACCACCAAAAACAGCAAUUGACCCCCGUGGUUCCUUUCACAGAGGAGGAGGAAUCACAAUACGCUCUCGCCAACGAGAGGAGGAGAAUGCGUAUUCAAUACCCAGUCAACCUGAGAGAGCUCGCUAAAAAGUACAAUGAACAGCUUGACUGUGAAAUGUGCAGUUCGGAGAAUGAGACCCGCACUAACGGAGACAUUUUACCUGCUAAUACCUCGCUAGAAAGUGUAGAGCUAGUUCUUCCUCCACAUGCAAACCAUCAUCAAACAGCAUUCGGGGGUCAGAUCAUGGCAUGGAUGGUAGCCGCUUGCACCAUCACAGCUACUCGCUUGUGUCGGUCUUACCCGCAACUGGAAGCAGUCGAUGAGGUCAAGUUCCGUGGACCCAUCAAAGUGGGAGACCGAGUGGUCAUCAAGACGAUGGUGAACAACACGUAUGACGUCCAUAUGGAGGUGGGAUGUCGAGUAGAAGCUUACUCCAUCGGUGGUGAGGUGCGACAUGUAAAUAGUGCGUUCUUGAUUUUUGCGGCUCCGCGGUGCGGUGAUGGGAGAGGAGGCUUAAAAAUGUUACCCAAGUUAAGGAUGGGGACGGACGAAGAAAAACGACGAGCAUUAGAGGCUAUGGCUCGAAAACGCCUGCGCUUUGAGCGUGAACAAAUCCGCAAAUCUGUUGGUCCUGUGAUCGCCGUACCUUGGAACCAAUGCAAUGGUCAGUUGCUUAACUAUAGCAACAUAGAGGCUUUGGUGAAACUAUACCAGCUAACAAAAUGGCAAGAGGUGCAAUCGUCUGAUGGUGUCACGCUCUCCAAGUGUGAAAGUGACAACUAUCUCUGUGUAAAGGUCUCGCUCUCUAUUCAGCUCCGGGCUGAAAUUAUUUUCACGUUACUGAGGGACGAGAAAGCCCGUAAAGAAUGGGAUCCUCUUUUGAUUAAAGUUCAAGUGAUGGAAGUCGUUGAUAACGAUGAUGAGAUACUCCAUAUGGUGCUAGAGAACAAGAUGCAUAACGCAACGAAACCAGAUGACGUAGUACUACUAGUGUCACGCAGAGCUCCAAGUGAUGGUAGAGACCACUUCACCAUCGCCUACCGAUCAGUAAUACUGACAACGCUACCUCCAUACCCACAGUACAACCGGAAAGAGCACUUGUGCUCAGGGUUACUCAUUAGAGAAACUGAGGGGCAGGAGGGUAAGUCUACUCUAACUUACAUCAAUCAAACAACACGUGAGUUACAGUCUUACGUCAUGAAAGAUUUGCAGGGUGUUACCAGCUUUUACGUCAAGCGGUUUAAGGAUCUUGAAGCAUAUCUACUACAAAUGGCGCCCAGGGUCUCUCUUACAUGA